CAGGAACAGGGACGCUUUAUUAGGUGACCUUAGAUCAAUAGCAGAGUGAAGUUUAGUUAGCUUUUGGUUUAUUCUGUAAAACUGUUUCAAUGAGUUAGAAAGAAAUCUUUUUGUAAGGAUUUAGUGUCUGUAAAUACAAGAAGAUGAAGCUGUUUGCUGUGGUUGUCUUCCUCCUCUACGCCUCUCAGGAUUCGUUGACAGUAAAAGUGGAGGUUUAUGAUUGGGCCCAAUCUGUGGUGCUGCCCUGCCAGUACGACCAAGUAUUAGAAGAGCUUGUCACAGUGAAAUGGAGCCGCUUGGAUCUCAAUCCCAAUAUUGUCCAUCUACGUAGAGAAGGAGACGACGAACUUGCACAAAAUCAGCUUUUCAGAGGAAGAACAUCAAUGAGACCUGAUGCUCUAGACUCUCGUGACUUCAGCCUCACUCUGAGAGAACCACAACCUUCUGACAUCGGAAACUACGUCUGCAGCAUCAUUGAUGAAGAAGAAGAAAUACUGUCAGACGUUCAGCUACAGGUCAGAGAAAUAUUUCCAGUUUGGGCCAAAGUUCUCCUGGUUCUACUGGUUCUGCUGGUUCUUCUUGCUGUUUCUGGAGGCCUUUUAUUUCAUUUCAGACAUUAUUUCAUGUCAGUCUACAAGGUGGAGGUGGAUCCAGGAGUGGAGUCUGUUCUGCUGCCCUUUAAAACUACAGUCCGUCUACCUGAAGGAGUCAUAGUAACGUGGAGAAACAGCUCUGGUAGGAUGGUCCACAGUAAUGACAGGGAUCAACACAGGCUGUAUAGAAACAGAACAAAGAUGAAGGAAAAACUAAAAUCUGGAGACUUCAGUUUGACCCUGAAGAACCCCACAGACAGAGACACAGACAUCUACACCUGCACCGUCUACAAGAGGAGCUCAGAUGAAAUCCUGACUGAGAAACAAGUGCUGCUCAAUGUCAAAGCUGGAGCUGACUCUUUUAUCAUAGCCAUAGACUUUGGUUCAGGAUACAGUGGCUACGCCUUCAAUGUCAGACCCAGAGAGGAAGGAGGUGGGACCCAGUUAAAGAGAUGGGGUGAAGAACUGGGACUGGACUCCCCAAAGACUCCAACCUGCAUCCUGUUUGAUGAAGAUGAAGAAUUCCUAAAGUUUGGUUAUGAAGCUAAAACAGCGUACAACAAGAUGAGAAGAGAAGAAGCUUGGAAACAUUAUUUCUAUGAAGACUUCAAGAGGAUUCUCCGUCUCCUAGUAAGUAAAGUAAAGAUCAUCAGAUCUUCUUCCUCCUUGGGUCCUGCUGUGACCUCUAUGAACUCACCUGUCUUCUCAGGUUGAAACUGUGUCUCCAUCUGAAUUAUCUGAGAUAGUUUAAAGCUGCUCUCUGCCUCCUUCACAGCUUUCCUCCUGUAGUCAUGGAAACAGGUUUUAACUCUGUGGGUCCCUAUAUAGCAAACCUAAUGAACACCUCUUUCAUUUCUUGCUGCACUCUGACUGGUUUUGAACUGGUUUCUGUACAACAGCUUUAAAAAGCUGAACUUUGACCUUUCUGUUCUUUCCAAAGCAGCUUUUUGCUCCUAGUUUUAGAGAAGAUCGUCUAUCUACAGCUGCAGUCUGAUGUUGUUUUCAGAUUUGUUCAACUUUUCAAAGAUCCAAAGUAGGUUUUCAGCUCAGCCUUGAAUUGAGGAGUUUUGGGUUUUAUUUUAGACAAUUUAUUGUUAUGAAUAUAAAAUGAACCCAUUAGAGUCAAAAUGUUUAAAAUAAAAGAAUGAGUUCUGG